UAUUCUCCGCGUUACCUCCCGCUGCGAUCACACACUCUGGCGAGCUCUCUCGUUGCGCUUCGCUCGCGCGCUUUCGGAGCCGCUCCGAAUCAACCCAGACCGAGUUGACCAAUCAGUCGUCAAGGUUUAUCGCGUCUUGGCUAGUCGUCUUGGCGCGCUCUCUCGUGCAUCUCUCGUCGUGAGAUCUAACCUCGAUUGUUCGCUUCGUGUGUUCCGUUCGUCGUAUAUACUUAUAUACGAGCCACCUCGCUCAUCCGCACGUUUCAUCUACGCGAAUCUCCUCCUCUCUCUUUACCGCACCUUUGUUCCCCCCUCGUCGUGCAUCUCUCGCCCUCCGCUACCCUCUUCCUGUCGCGCCGUUCUUCUCUUCCUCUCCCUCCCCCUCCCGCCCUCCUUUGCCUCGUCUCAUCACUCUCUCUCUUUCUCUCUGUCUCUCUUUUUCUCGCUCUCUCUUUCCCUCCCGCUAGAAUCGACUAGUGUAUCGUCGCGCGAUUUUACGUGUGGCUCCCGUGUGUGCAUUACGGACGGCUUCGGGGAUCCAGGAUGCAGGCUAUCAAGUGCGUGGUCGUCGGCGACGGAGCGGUAGGUAAAACGUGCCUGCUGAUAAGCUACACCACCAAUGCGUUUCCCGGGGAGUACAUUCCAACAGUGUUUGACAAUUAUUCUGCCAACGUGAUGGUUGACGGAAAGCCGAUUAAUCUCGGCUUGUGGGACACGGCAGGACAGGAAGAUUAUGACAGAUUACGGCCGUUGUCCUAUCCACAGACCGACGUCUUUCUGAUCUGCUUUUCUUUGGUGAAUCCAGCGAGUUUCGAGAACGUACGUGCCAAGUGGUAUCCCGAGGUCCGUCAUCAUUGUCCCGCGACUCCGAUUAUUUUGGUCGGCACUAAACUAGAUCUGCGCGAAGACAAGGAAACCAUUGAACGUCUCAAAGACAAGAAACUGGCUCCCAUUACGUAUCCUCAGGGCUUGUCAAUGGCAAAGGAGAUCGGCGCUGUCAAAUAUUUGGAAUGCUCCGCUCUAACGCAGAAGGGUUUGAAAACCGUGUUCGACGAGGCAAUACGUGCCGUGCUGUGCCCCGUUCUGCAGGUCAAACCAAAGCGCAGAUGUUGCCUUCUAUAAUAUUAGAUGUAAUUCCUCGUUGCAUCUUGGGCACUGGAACGUGGUAAAGUGUGUCGUCGUCUCUUAUCCGGUGUACCAAGCUCAAACUGAGAGUCGGGACAAGUUAGUUUACAUUCGGAACCCCACAGUUGUAUCAUCAGCCUAUGUACAUCAACGUAUAAACAACGGGCUGCGAAUAUCUGCCAGCAUAUAAGCGCACAAGUAUAUCACCUAUAACAGGUGUACAUUUCUACAAAAAAAAAACAAAAAAAAAGAGCAAAGACAAAAGAGGGUUCGCGCACAUACAUACAGAAGACAGAACACACACAAGAGAAAUGAAAGAGAGAGAAAAAAAGAGAGGGAAAAUUACAAAAAUCAGUCAGAAAUUUAAAUUCACAACUUUUACAACGUGGCCUCCAGCACUUUCUCAAAAGAAAUUCGAUCGCAAGAAGGUUUUGCUCGCGCGCUUGUUUAGCGCGAGCAAAAUUUCCGGUCCAGACAGUCUGAUAAAAAAAAGAAAAAAAAGUAAAAAAAACAGGGCUAUAAAAUGCAAAUCGAAAACUGGACGUUCUAAGCGAAAGAGACAGAGAGAGAGAGAAAGAAAAAUGUAAAAGAAGAAGCCAAAAUAACUGAACUAACCGCGCUGUAUAGUAUAUAUAUAUAUAUUAUAGUGUAUAUUAUAGUAUAUAUAUAUAUAUAUAUAUAUAUAUUAUAAAUAUAUAUUAGAGUAUGUUUUAUUAAUAUUAUGAAAAUUAAUAAUUAUACAUUAAAAUGAAUGAGAUAACGCGAGUGGCGACAGAAAGAAAAAAGCAAAUACUACCGUGUAACUGUAAUAAGCGUCCAAACUCUGAUUACACACUUGAUCAGUUCAAUCAAAGAGGAAAACCAUUUUAUGCUAUCUGUCAUUGUACAUUUUUAGGUAGGAUACAUACAUAUGUUAGCGUAUUUAAAAAAAAAAGAAAAAAGAAAAAAAAGAAAAAAAAAAGAAAGAAAGAAGAAGAAACUAACGUAGAUUCCUUAUUGUGCAAAAGAUUUCAAUAUGCAUCAAGAUAUAUAACUUCGGAGAAAAAAAACAGAGAAUAUUUUUUAGAGAUAUGCGCAUAUAUAGUACGCGUGGCAAACGAUGUUUGGACGAUAUUCAUCUAGAUGUUUAUUAUAUAAAUGUGAUUAACAGUAUAAUUCUACACGCAACAAACACACAUACAUAUACACACCCACACACAUUUUUCCAAGUACUUAGAGCAAAUACCGUACGCAUUUCUUUCGGGAUGUGUCUCAUGCUGUGUGUUAUCCAAUUCCUUAAAAAAAAGAAAACCAAAAUUUUACAAGAAGAAUUUGUUAAUUCUUGCAAAAAACCGGCACUGUACCGACUUCGGGUGCGUUCGUUUUGGGACGCUCGCGUUUUUCUCGUGCGUCAGACUUUGUUUUUUUUUUUUCCACAAUUUAAGAUGAACGACCAGGACAGACCGACCCUUAAAGCUUGUCGAGCGCCCAAAAUGAACGCGUACGCCCUUCUCGUACACAUAAAUGUCCUAUAGAUUUACUUCAGAAAAAUUGUACAUAUAUAAAAUUUAAUUGAAGAUGUUGAUGCGUAAGCGCUGCGUUUGAUGUUCAAUGUGCACGUCUGUUAUUUAAAUUUUUUUGUUUGGAACACGCAACGAUGUUUAUUAGCAAUAGUUUCGCUUCGAUGUGAUGAUCUUUUUACGCGAUAAAAAAACACACGACAAUUGGCUCGUUAAGAAAAAAAACAAAACAAUUGCUGCAUUUUUUUUCCGCAAGCGAGAUUAUUAGCUCGACUGCUAAUAACAUAACAUGGCUUCCUUCUUCCACGAAAAAUUGGUUUAAUAUUAAAAAAAAAACGUAAACGUUAACAUACCAUACUUUAAGAAAUAAACUAAUUGUACAAGAGUUCUAGAUGUAUGUGAUAUAUUAAAGAGUAUAAAUGUGUUUAUAACUAAUAUGAUUCCUCUGCUUCGCGCGCGUUUCGCGAUUUGUUAAUGACAAUGAGUCUCUCUCGGAACAUCACGCGCGACGACCUUUGAAGCGCGCGCGAUGAAUCACGUUCUUUCUCACAGAAACUGUCGUGUCAUCCCGGGAACGAAAUUAAAAGGGAAAAAUCAUCGCGUUUGUGACAAAAAAAAAAA